UUAGAUGGCCGGUUAUAGUUGGUUUAGAGUAGUUGGUUAACUUAACAUGUACAGAUACUGUAAAGAGAUAGUAUAUAUACGUUGUAAAGUUAACAGAUACAAUUAAUGAGAAAAUCAGAGUUUAAUAUCUCUAACAAACUUUUCUCAUCUCUCUCGAUCUCUCAAUCGCUAAUAUGGUAUCAGAGCCAUCACACUCUUGAUCUCUUCAUUUUUCCGAUCAGAUCAUCUCGUUUUCCAGUUUGAUUCUCUGUUUCCGCCGAUUGAAUCGAAGAUACAAUGGUUACCGUCGCUCGUGCAACUCGGAAAUCGACUCGAUCGAGACCUUCGACGAGUUCAGCCGUUCGCAAGCCGUCGCAAUCCAGAAUGGUUGACUCGCCUCCGGAUUCUCCUCCAGCAGUAAUGUGGCUCUGAUACCAUAUUAGUAAUGUGGCCUAACUAAUCCCAAAAGCUAGCUCAAGGGAGAAGGGUUGCCACAUCACAUAUAUAUUACCCCAAGGAACUAUCCCACCAUCGAUGUGGGAUAUUCUAACACGAUCUGCACCGCUUUCGCAUUUGAGACCAAUGAUCCCAGUCGGCUGCCUUCUUCACCUUUGCCUCCCGAAUGCUCGUAGCCUCGUAGGAACAUCUCCGCCGCUAAAUUCGCUUCUCUCCGGCGAAAUCAAAACUUGCCUUUCAGAUAUAUUCAUUAGCCAUUUCGGCCCAGUUUAUAUGGGCCUACAUAUCUUAAUGGGCUAUUGAAACAGUAGAUAUUUAGGCCCAUUUAAGCUCACCAGCCGCUGUCGGUAUCUUAAUCGCGAGAAUUGAGAAACAUUAAGUCACCGAUCGUCCGACAUGAGAUUUAUGAUAUCGGCGGCGGCUGGUGAGCUUUUCCGACGUAAUGAGCUCGUAGUGAGGCAGCUCUCGAACCCUCGUUUUUAUUCUAAACGCGUCAAUGCCUUCUCUGAAAUCGAAAGCAAAUUGAGAUCGCUAUGUGAAAAUUCAACUCCUCAGGUUAAGAAUGCCGUUUCAGUUUUCCAGGAGGCAGUAAACUCCGGUGGCUCUCUUGCGUUCGCCGGAAAUAAUCUCAUGGCAACGCUGGUACGCUCUAGAAACUACGACGUUGCAUUUUCAAUUUACCGCAAGAUGCUUGAGACUGAUACUUUUAUCAAUUUUGUGUCGCUGAGUGGGUUGCUUGAAUGUUUUGUGCAAAUGAAUAAGACCGGAUUUGCGUUCGGUGUUCUUGCGGCGAUGCUAAAGCGUGGGUUUGCUUUCAAUGUGUACAACAUGAAUAUCCUCUUAAAGGGUUUAUGUAAGAAUCUGGAAUGUGAUAAAGCUGUUAGUUUACUGAGAGAAAUGAGACAAAACUCUCUGAUGCCAGAUGUUGUUAGCUACAACACGGUUAUUAGAGGUUUCUGCGAGGGAAAAGAGUUGGAGAAAGGAUUGCAAUUAGCUAAUGAAAUGCAAGGCAGUGGCUGUUCCUGGAGUUUGGUGACUUGGGGGAUUCUGAUAAAUGCAUUCUGCAAGGCUGGUAAGAUGGAAGAGGCAAUCGGCUUGCUCAGUGAAAUGAAAUCUAAGGGUUUAGAAGCAGAUCUUGUUGUGUAUACUACCCUGAUUCGAGGGUUCUGUGAUUGUGGUGAGUUAGACAAAGGGAAGGCGCUCUUCGACGAGGUUCUGCAAAGAGGAGAUUCUCCCUGUGCAAUUACAUAUAACACUCUCAUUCGAGGUUUUUGCCAGUUAGGACAGUUGAAAGAAGCCUCACAGAUGUUUGAGUUUAUGAUGGAGCGUGGAGUUCGACCAAAUGUUUACACUUACACGGGCCUAAUUGAUGGCCUUUGUGGAGUAGGUAAGACUAAGGAAGCCCUGCAACUUUUAAAUCUGAUGUUAGAGAAGGAUGAAGAACCAAAUGUUGUGACAUAUAACAUUAUUAUUGACAAGCUGUGCAAGGACAGCCUUGUGGCGGAUGCUUUAGAAAUUGUUGAGUUGAUGAAGAAGAGGCGGACAAUACCUGAUAACAUAACAUACACUAUUUUACUGGGAGGACUCUGUGCCAAAGGUGACUUAGACGAAGCAAGUAAGCUUCUAUAUUUGAUGCUGGAUGAUAGUAAUUAUGCGGAUCCAGAUGUUAUAUCAUUUAAUGCAUUAAUCCACGGGCUGUGCAAGGAAAACCGUCUCCAACAAGCUUUAGAUAUUUAUGAUUUGCUGGUUGAGAAAUUGGGUGCUGGAGAUAUAGUAACCACUAAUAUAUUGCUUAAUAUCACUCUCAAGUCUGGAGAUGUAAAUAGGGCAAUGGAACUUUGGAAACAAAUGUCUAUUUCCAAAAUUGUUCCAAACUCAGAUACCUAUACUACUAUGAUUGAUGGGCUUUGCAAAACUGGCAUGCUUAAUAUUGCUAAAGGAUUGCUUUGCAAAAUGAGAGGGUCUAGGCUACGGCCUAGUGUUUUCGACUACAACUGUCUACUGUCAUCAUUAUGCAAAGAGGGAAGUUUAGACCAGGCAUGGAGAUUAUUUAACGAAAUGCAGUAUGCUGACUGUUUUCCAGACAUUGUUUCUUUCAAUAUUAUGAUUGAUGGAAAUCUCCAAGCUGGGAAUAUUGCGCCUGCAGAAUUACUUUUUAUGGGGAUGUCUCUUGCUGGUCUUUCUCCUGAUUUAUAUACUUACUCGAAGUUUAUAAAUAGGUUCCUCAAACUUGGAUAUAUAGACGAAGCUAUCAGAUUCUUUGACAAAAUGGUUGAGAGCGGCUUUGAACCUGAUGCUCAUAUUUGUGAUUCUGUGUUGAAGUAUUGUAUUUCACAGGGAGAAACAGACAAGUUGAAGGAACUUGUAAAAAAACUGGUGGAGAAAGAUAUUGUCCUCGACAAAAAACUUACUUGUACGGUCAUGGAAUACAUGUGUGGCAGCUCAGCAAACAUGGAUCUUGCAAAACGGUUGUUAAGAGUAGCAGAUGAUAAAUAAGAAGGGGAUAUGCUGGGUACAUAAUCAUGCUCAGUUAUGCUAACUUGAAGACUAAAGCUGGAGAAUGGUUCUGCAUUUGGAAUGCUAUGUAGGCUCCAGGUUGAACGAACAAGUCUGAUAUUUUCACAACUAGUAUUAUCAUCAUAUACAUAUUUGUUUGGGAGAUUUUUGUAAAUAAUUCAAGUAGAGUUAAUUUA